GCGUUCGCAUGCGCCGUGUGUAGUGUUUUCUUCCGCCCGGCCUGGUGUGGCUGUGUGAUGUUGCACGUGGGAUGGCAUGCUCCUUGUUUUUCGCAGAAGCUGCCCUAACUGGUGGUUGUGGCGGACGAUAGAGGAGGAUGUGGGGCGCGGCGAUGGGGCUGCCUCCGCGGCUGGCGCUGUCAGUGCUGGCUGGUCGCGGUCGCUCUUGCACUCUGGGGUCUGGAGCUGCAACGCGGAAGGACUGGCAAGCGAGGAACCGUCGUGGCUUCUCUGAGUUCUACCAGCAGCCGUUAUUUGAUCCUGAUUUAGAGGAGUCACCCUUUUAUGCACCCAAGGGUCGAGCCGAGCCUACGCGUCACGUAGCAAAUAAGAAAUUGGCCAGGGACCUGGCACGACACCUGCUGGGGUUCCAAAAACCAUCCCGUCAACUUAUACUAGAGUGCAACCCAGGUCCUGGAGUCCUGACUGAGGCAUUACUUAGAGCCGGUGCUAGAGUGGUUGUCUUUGAAAGUGAAAAGUCUUUUUUUCCACAUUUAAAGUCCUUAAGGAAGUAUGCGGAAGGAGAGCUGCGAGCGAUUAACUGUGACUUCUUUAAGGUGGAUCCUAGACAUCAGGAAAUAAUAAAACCAGAAUACAACUCACAGGUCAUUUUUCAAGAUUUGGGAAUAAAAGCGGUUCCUUGGACAGCAGGUGUUCCUAUAAAAGUAUUUGGAAUCCUACCUAAUAAAUACGAAAGACGAAUACUUUGGAAAACUCUGUUUGAUAUGUAUUCCUGUGACUCUAUAUUCAGAUACGGACGAAUAGAGCUGAAUCUGUUUGUUACGGAAAAAGAAUUCCAGAAACUGAUAGCAACUCCUAAAAGGCCAGAUUUAUACCAGGUAUUGAGUGUGCUUUGGCAAGUGGCUUGUGAUAUUAAGUUUAUUCACAUGGAACCUUGGUCGUCGUUUAGUGUAUAUACUGAAAAUGGGCACUUAGAGAAGACAAAGCUUAGGGAAUCAUUAAAAUCAAUGAAACAAAAUCUGUAUUUUAUUCAAAUGACUCCUCGUAAAGGUUUAUUUACAGAAUACUUAAGUCCGUUGAAUUAUGAUAUAUUUUUCCACAUGGUAAAGCACUGCUUUGGGAAGCGCAGUGCCCCAGUAAUACAUCAUUUAAGUUCAUUGAGCACAGUUGAGCCAAUUGAUGUACUGAGGCAGGUGAGACUAAACCCUAGAGCGACAAUUCUUCAAAUGUAUCCUCAAGACUUCAAAAGACUGUUUGAAGCUAUAGAGAGGUCCGAGGACACUAUCUUUAAAUGGAUCUACGAUGAAGGCUUGGAGGACAUUCAGGUCUAGGCAAACAGUCUACAAGCCAUGAACUGGAGCUGCUUAUCUAUUUAUUUGGAAAUUAUGAGACAAAUGAAAACUGAAUUUCAAGAAGUUAACACCCUUUCAACAGAAGAGAAAUUAUCCUCAUCUGACACAAAUGGGGCUGGUACUUUCUUCUGAAGUUGAUACCUUUUGACACACUGGAAAAGACAGUGGCUGUGGUUUUAUUCAAAACUGAAUAAAAUAUAAAGUUCUCAGUUUGAUCAGAUAAAAUUGUUUUUUUUUUUUUUUUAAAAAUUACUAUCUGCAGUAGAUCAGUGGUAGAACACAUACCUAAUGUGUCCAAGGUUCUGGUUUUACGUUACUCUCUGCUAUAGAUCAAUGGUAGAACACAUACCUAAUAUGUCCAAGGCUCUGGUUUUGCUUCCUAGCACAGGAAAUUUGAAAAAAAAAAAUCUAUUUACUGAACUAUAAACUAAGUAGGUACAGGGUAUUCCAAGUUGUAAUUUAAUUUCUUUAAAAAGUCUUUUGGCCAAACAUCUUUAAAUAUUGCAAUUUUUACCACUGCCAAUUGCUUGCAUUUUUUUCUAGUUUCUGUGCUGUAAAGCUUAGAAAAGGAACUGAUUUGACCAGGCAUGGUUCCUGGAACUUGGAAGGUAGCAGACCCAUCAGUUCAGUGCCAGUGUUAAGUAAGGGUGAAUGUGAGACCCCUUUGGCUAAUAAGAGACCCUGUCAAACAAAACAAUAUAAACUUGUUUCAAGAAAGGGAUGAGUUUAUCUUUCUGUCUGUUGUAAUGGAUUGUCAGGUACUAUACAAUGUAAUUGUUUAAACUUUUUUAGAAAUAAAAAGGUUUUACAUGAUAAAA